AUGACUCCUCAGUGGAAUCCUCUCAGCGAAAUGCCCGACUUGCGCGGCAAGGUUGCCGUUGUAACGGGAGGAAAUAGCGAUAUUGGCCGCGAAGUAGUGAGGCUCCUCGCCUGGAAGGGGGCGAAGGUCUACUUUACCACGCGGUCCGAGGCCAAGGCGCUCGAGGCGCGGAAACGCAUCCAGGAUGCCUACCCAGACAUCGAGCCGGACAACUUGCAGUAUAUGACGCUGGACGUGGCCGACCUACGGAGCAUAACCUCCGUCGCCGAUAAGCUGAUGGAGAAGGAGAGAAAGGUUGACGUAUUGGUUCAUGCUGCCGCCGCAGGGACAACCUCCACUGAUCCCGUGGGACCUGGGUGGGAGGUUCACAUGGCCACCAACUUGAUCGGACCCUUCGUCUUCACGAACCGCCUCCUCCCCCUCCUCAAGAACGCCGUCAGGGAGCCCGGCUCCGACGUCCGCGUCGUGACGAUGAGCUCAAGCGCCCAGACGGCCAUGGUCCCGUCCAGCUACAAGUUCCGCUUCACCACCGCCGACUUCCUCCGCAACCCGGUCCCCUCGCCGCCGUGGCAGUGGCGCUACCUCGGCCGCUUCAUCUUCGGCUUCGACACGACGCGAUACGGCGUCUCCAAGGCCGCCAACGCCAUCUUCGCCCAGGAGCUCCAGCGGCGGUUGGACGAGCAGAAGCUGCCGAUCGUGUCGCUGGCGGUCCAUCCGGGCGAGGUCGCCACCGCCGGCGUCGACAGAAUUAACACGGCCCUGGUAAGGGCGAUCUCGCACUUGAUGUUUGUAUCGCCGGAGCAGGGCGCGGCGACCCCCGUUUUCGCCGCCGUAGCGAAGGAAGUCCGUCAGGAUCCGCUCAAGUACAACGGCAAGUUUGUCUUUCCCGUCGGCGCUCUGGGGCAGCCCAACGCGGUCGCCUCGGACGAAAAGCAAGUUCAGGGUCUGUGGCAAAACACGACGGCGGAGGUGAACAAGCACCUGCAGGCUGAAGGGCUCCCUCUUCUGAGUCCGUGGUAG